CGCCCCCGAGGCGCCUGACUCUGAACCGCAACCCCUUCUCAUUUCCAGCCCUGCGGAUCUCCAUUUUCUUCUUCCCCGAUAUUCAGGAGCAGAGGAAUAAAGACUUAGAAAAAUGAAUGAAGAAUACGACGUCAUCGUCCUGGGCACCGGACUCACGGAAUGCAUCUUAUCAGGCAUCAUGUCAGUGAAGGGGAAGAGGGUUCUGCACAUGGACCGCAACUCCUACUACGGAGCUGAGAGUGCCUCCAUCACGCCCCUUGAGGAUCUCUACAAGCGCUUCAGCCUUCCGGGCAAACCUCCUGAGUCAAUGGGAAAAGGCCGGGACUGGAAUGUGGACCUCAUCCCUAAAUUCCUUAUGGCCAACGGUCAGCUGGUGCGCAUGCUGCUGAUCACAAAGGUGACUCAGUACCUGGAUUUCAAAGUGGUGGAGGGCAGCUUUGUGUACAAGGGCAACAGAAUCUAUAAAGUCCCCUCUACUGAGUCUGAGGCUCUGCAAUCUAGUCUCAUGGGAAUUUUCGAGAAACGACGCUUCAGAAACUUCCUUCAAUACGUUGCCUGCUUUGAUGAAAACGACCCCAAAACCUUGUUAGGCACCGACCCACAAAAGACGGAUAUGAGGUCCGUCUUCCAAAAGUACAACCUUGGCCCAGACGUCAUGGACUUCACCGGCCACUCCCUCGCCCUCUACCGUACAGAUGAAUACCUGGAUCAACCUUGCCUUGAGACGAUAAACAGAAUCAAGCUUUACAGUGAGUCUCUGGCUAGAUAUGGCAAGAGCCCAUACCUGUACCCACUGUAUGGCCUGGGAGAACUGCCUCAAGGGUUUGCCAGGCUGAGUGCUAUCUACGGUGGGACGUAUAUGCUGAACAAGCCCAUAGAGGAGAUCGUGGUGGAGAACGGGAAGGUGGUGGGAGUCAAGUCUGAGGGAGAGAUGGCCAGGUGCAAGCAGCUGAUCUGCGACCCCAGCUACGUUAUGGAUCGUGUCACCAAAGUGGGUCAGGUGAUUCGAGUCAUCUGCAUCUUGAAUCACCCCAUCGCCAACACUAGCGACGCCAACUCUUGCCAGAUCAUCAUCCCCCAAAAGCAGGUCAACAGGAAACAUGACAUCUACGUUUGUAUGAUCUCCUUCGCUCACAACGUGGCAGCACAAGGUAAAUAUAUCGCCAUCAUCAGCACCACGGUGGAGACAAACGACCCAGAGAAGGAGAUCAAGCCAGCUCUUGACCUGCUGCAGCCCAUCGAGCAGAAGUUUGUCAGCAUCAGUGACCUGUAUGAACCCAGUGACAUGGGCACUGACAGCCAGAUCUUCAUCUCCAAAUCAUACGAUGCUACAACUCACUUUGAGACCACCUGCGACGACAUCAAGGACAUCUACAAGAGGAUGACGGGCUCAGAAUUUGACUUUAAUGAGAUGGAGCGCAAGAAGCAGGACACCUUCGGUGACGUAGAGUAGACCCGAUGCGUCCGCAACACUCCUGAUUAUCAAAGACAACGCUGCCGACAACUUAAAUCUUACAACAAAAAAAAAUAGAAAACCCACAGAAACAUGUACACACUUACGGGCUCCCUGAUGAUCCAAGUAUAUGGUUGGCCCAUUAAGGAAGUUAAUGAUAUAUAGAGAGAUAUGAUAUAGUAUUGUUGGGUAGGGUUCUGGGACGGAGCUAUGCUUUUUUCAAAUCACAUUCAGGCGGAUGUUGCACUAAACACUGGUUAUGCCUAAUAUACAGUAAUAACCCUACAUUCUUCCCUUCAUCAUGUUUAGAUGAUGCAUAGUCCAAAGAUGCCAAAUCAAAUGAUAAUUAAUAAUCAACAGUUAUCUUUCAGAGUGGAUAUAAGUGUGUGUGUGGGGGGGCUGACCAUUGUUUCUUUUGUUGUAUAAAAGGGGGUUGGAAGAUAAAUAAUACCUGUACAUCACCUAUUGGUCUCAAGUAUUUUUUUAAUGUCAGGGUGAGAAAGAGGUGGCUUGGCUUUGUGCUUCUUAAUUAAAUCAUUUGAGUACCAGUGUUCCUCCAAGGGUGUGGCGAGCACACUCGGGUCUAGCAACAGCAGACAGCCAUGUGACAUGGCACCUCAGCCGCCAGCUUAUAUUGUCAGCCGUUAAAGCGGGUCAGUGAUGUUUUUGUGUCUGUUUACCCUCAGCCAGACACACACACUAUAAGCCAAGCCACAAUGGCGCCUGAAGUCCAGCAUAAAUACCCAAACCCAUUUUCAACAGCUUGCGUUAUCAUAACACAUCAGAGAUUUAUUAGUUACUGUAUCAUGCAAAGUGAUGGAAGACCUGAGCAUUGACAGCACAUUAAUGGGAACUGUGGUUGACUGUAUUCGCUUAAGAAGGACCAAAUGUGUACUGCAGCAGUAUUGAACUGAUGAGAGCCUUGUGAUAUCGUUUAUCUUAAACAACCUUUAAAAAAAAAACCAUCUUGGGCUCAAAUGAUUUCUGUACUGCAAAGUAAAAACGAUUUUGUCAAAAACCAAA